UUUGUUUAUACACCCACUACUGUCGCUAAGAACUGCCCUAAACUACAGUCACUAUAUAUACAGUCUGGCGAACAGAAAAUCCGGAAAAUCCUGGAAAUUAGCAGCUGCAAUAUCUUACUAGGAAUACUAGAGAAAGUUCAAUCUUUUGACUGUCUUUUGUUUUCAGACCAUUAAAUUAUUCUUGCGGUACAAUAAUCCCCGCAACCGCAGUUCGAGAAAACUGUCAAUAUCCGAUCGAAUUAGUUCGGAGCUAGAUUCGGAGGUCUACCCACCAGACUGUAUAUAUAGUGACUGCACUCAAACUGCCACCUUUUUUGAGGCACAGACCUGUUGGUUUAUGUCGAACCUUGCCAGCUGUCAAUUUUCAUUCAUGAAAAAAUAAAUAUUUGAUCAACUCGUAGCGUUGUAAAAUGCAGUAUCAAAACUUAUAGUUAUUUAUCAGUAUCAGUAUAAAAAUGUAUAGUUAUUAGCAUUGAUAAAUAUGCUGAUCGGUUGUUUGUUUGCAUUCGGAUACUGUGCUGGAGCUGAAUGGACCGGGAAAACAAGGAUUAGGACACUUUCUGACGAUUGUCGCACCGCUGCUAAACUGGACAUCGCACACGGGAUCCAAGCCGCCGUGCGUAUAGAACCCAUUUGAAUCAAAUACCAGAAUUUGUGCCUUUCUGCUGGCGCUCAAUACGGUGUUGCCACCGAUAUCGGCAGGGUACAGAUACAAACCGACAAUAUCCGUGGCUCAAGAGGAUACUGUUGUGUUUGCCAGGAAUGAAGAAGAUGCGGCGUCUAAAAUUCAAACGAUUUACUCUGCAUAUGCCGAACGAAGUCUACCAGUCGUACCGAAGCUGGUAGUAUUUGGUGACGACUUGAACCGGAUGAUUGGCCGGUUUUUCGUUUACUACGGAGACAUACAGUACGAACUACCGUCAGCAGCGAGGGCCCUGGACGUGCUCAUCAAAUUCACAGCAGUUCUAGGACUACCAUAUUCCAAACAGUCGAAGCUGGUGCGGUAUUCCAUAAGCGACAUCGUCUACCGAAUUCCUCAGCGGGAAUUAUACGCAAGUUGUAUCAAACUACGCAAAAACCUGACUGCUGAUUCGUCAUCAUGAUUGCGUGUAUGCUGGUAAACUGCAACCUCGAUUUCCAAACCGUGAACGACUACUUACUUCACCUUAAACAGCAACAUGAUCUCCCUGUAGACUACCGGUACAAAUGUACCGUUUUGGCGUGCACUCAAGUUUUUUCAAAAUUUUAUCCAUUUAAGAAGCAUAUCAUUGGCCAUGAACGCGAUAUCUGUAAAACCCCAUGUCAAAACACACCGAUCAAAAAUCCUCACUUAGCUAACACAGAGAUAACAUCACAAUCGGAUUACAGUCAAACAACCAAGAAGCAAAAAACAGAAGAAAAUGAAGAACUAAAUGCAGGAAGUAGUAACUAUUCGAAAAUCGACAGAUCCGCUCUCAAUUUAACUUUAAGUCUACACACAAAAAAUAAUAUUACAAGGAAAGAUGUUUACAGUAUCCAAACAGAUGUAUCAGAGAUGUUGGCAGAACUCGCCCAUGAAUUUGAAGAACUAGAUGUCACGAUUGAAAAUCCAAACGAAGAAUUUAAGAUGAAAAGUUGCAUAAAUAAGAUGAAAAACAUGUUUGAUCCAUUCAAUUCAGAUCAUAAGCUUUUUACGUAUUUGAUAAGAACCACAGGACUAGAAUUGCCAAAAAUAAUUACAGUGAACGAGAAUGCUAUUAUUUCAAACCAAAUAAAUCUGGAGCUAGACACAGACAUUAAAAGCAGCUACUUGGUUGUCAUGCCAAUUGCCAGCCAAAUUAAAGCUUUUUUUGAAUGCAACAAUGUAUAUAAACAGACUAUGGAAAACAUGACUAAGUUAGAAAAAUCUGCAGAAAUUUCGAAUUUUGUAAACGGAUCGAAAUGGAAAGAAAUACGAGCGAAGUACCAAAAUGAUAUUGUCAUACCAGUUUGGCUUUAUUCGGAUGAAUUUGAGGUGAAUGAUUCCCAAAGCUCCCACAGUAAUCGACAUUCCGUGUGCGGGAUAUAUUAUAGUUUUCCCACAAUUGAUCAACAGUUUUCAUCAAGAUUAUCCAACAUAUUUGUGGCAGGAAUGAUUAAGAAAGUUGACAUCAAAGCAGUUGGAGUAAAUAAGUUAAUGACUGAAUUAGUGCAUGAAUUUAAACGGAUUGAGCAAGAAGGGAUUCACAUAACUGUGAAUAAUGACACGAUAUUUAUUCGAUUUGUUAUGUGCCUAUUGCAAGGCGACAAUCUAGGCAUACAUUCUAUGCUCUUAUUGUCCAGUGGAUUUAACGCAACAUUCUAUUGUCGGUUUUGUAGGAGACCCAAAGAGUUGCUUAAAACCGAUAUCAGGGAACAUGCUGACUGCAUGAGGCGAAGACAAGAUUAUGAGGAAGAUGUUGAGGUUAACCGGCAUAGUGACACUGGUAUUACGAGUUUCUCAGUUUUUAAUGACUUACCAUCAUUCCAUGUAGUAGAGAAUAAGAGUGCAGACGGUAUGCACGAUUUGUUUAGCAGCGGAAUUUGCAAAUACGGAUUCGAAGAAGUUUUGAACUAUUGUAUUUAUUCAAAGUCAUUUUUCACCAUUCAUGAGCUGAACGAUCGUAGGAAGAAAAUAGGGGAAGUUUGUGUAGAUAAUGAAUUGCUACGAAUGCCUGACAUCAGAGAAACAUAUAUCAGCAAAGAAAAGCGUAAAUCCGUUUUGUUCAAAAUGACUUCUAAUGAAAUGCGUCAUUUCUGUCAUUAUUUUACUUUAUUAGUUGGUCAAUUCGUCCCACAAAAUGACCCAGUUUGGAAAUAUGCCCUUAAUUUAGUAGAACUAGUUGAAAUGUGUUUAAAACGUUCAUUUUCUUCUCAAGACAUUGCUAAAUUACGAAAGUUGAUUGUUUCGCAUCAUACGAUGUACACAGAUUUAUUCAAAACAGAUCUGAAGCCAAAACAUCACUUUGUUUUGCAUUAUCCUAGCGUAAUUCAAUGUUCAGGGCCAAUUCAAAAUAUGAUGUGUUUCCGUCAUGAAGCCAAGCAUAAAGGAUUCAAACAAUACGCUCAUGCGAUAUCAUCAAGGAAGAACAUUUGUUUUACCUUGUGUAUAAAGUCCUAUUUGCAAUUUUCGCAUGACUUACUAAAUCAGUGCUUUUUUAAACCAGACGUCAACCAUAACUUUCAGAAAUAUGAUAUUCGAUUUCGUAAUUAUUUCAGAAAACUGAUUCAACCAUUAAACUUGAACACACAAUUCAAUUUAAUGCUAUCUAGUUCCGUUGUUUAUAAGGGGACGAGUUAUAAAACUGGCCAAUUUUUGUCAAAGCUAGAACACUCCACCAUGACGCUUUAUGAGAUCAUAGAAAUAAUAUCUCUCAAUAACGAUUUUUAUUUUGUCCUUGCAGUUUGGCAGGUUUCUGUAUUUAAUGAGCACUUUUUAGCAUAUGAAACACAAGGAUGUACACAAAUAGUAGAUGUCAUCAGUAUAGACUAUUUUGCAAGUUUGCCAGUGAACGUUUUUUGUAUAAAUAGCAAAUUUAUGUUUCGCCCUAAGAUCACCUUUAACGAAUGAUGCCAAUGUAAGACAGGCCAAAUACCAAAAAUAAAUGUAUAUCUGAUUCGAAAUAAUUUAUCGUAUAUUCUCAAAAGAAAAGUAUAAUGAGAUGAAAUUAAUCAAUCAAAAUCAAAAAUUUGUGGUAAAAUACAUUUGAAGUUUCAAUGCAUUUAUUUCAUCAACAAGUUAUUUAUAAUGAAAAUGAUAUUAUUAAAUAUUUUUCUAAUAAAACGCUUAAUAAAAUUGAAUCCUUUUAUAAAAAGUGUAUCAAUCCCAUUGAAAAUCGCAUUUUUUUUAAAAUGCAAAAUCAAUUUUCAUUGAAUUCAGACGUCAAAUCCAAUGUACUUUGAAAAUGCAAUUGGCCGAUGUCUGGAUUUAAAGAAAACUGAUUUUGCAUGACGAAUAUUGCAAUUUUGAUGUGAAUUAAUGAUAUAGAACAAAAUAUUAUAAUUCACUGAAUAAUCAGGUAAGGAUAAAUAAUAUAAUGAAAAUUCAUUUGAAAGGUAUCUGCAAAAUCCAAUAGGAUGUAUUGGAGUUUCACGUAAUGGUAACCUGACAGCUGUUUGUAUUAAACUGAAAAAUCACAUAUUUAUUAUCUGACUACUGCAUACAAUGAACUAGGAUCUGGCUGGUCUUGCAAUACCGGACCCCCCAGUGAGUUCUACGUGAAAAGUACAGUGGAAAAAAUCUAUGUAUGCUUUCACGUAAACCUAAGGUGAAUAUUAUUU